AUGGCUGAACAGGAGCCCGUUUCGCUGUCAUCGACAUUUCCCAACCCGCCAUCGUUCUGGAAAGACUUUACGCCCGAACGAAUAGCCAGGCUAGAAAAGAUCCGCGAGCAAUAUGCUGAAAGCAAUGGCUUCAACCCUUCAGAUCCCGCGUCGCUACCGCACCGGCUGCCCGAUCUGCCAGAAGAUCUGACGACACUCCAACCCCCACCAGAGCCUGCGGAUCGCAAAUGGAGGGUUUUCGGUGACCAGUACAUGCUCGACGACGAACUACCCACUCUCGAGGACCAGGGCAUCUUGAACCUGCCAGCUAGAGCAUCCGCCAACACAAAGGACGCGAAGCCGCAGGACCGCGCGUUUGAGCUUAAGAAGCUGACCAAGUCUCUCCUCCUCAACUUCCUAGAGCUCGCGGGCAUCAUGUCGCGGAACCCCUCCCACGCUGAACACAAGGUCCAGGACCUGCGCACGAUCUUUAUCAACAUCCACCACAUCCUCAACGAGUACCGCCCGCAUCAGGCGCGUGAAUCGGCCAUUAAGAUGAUGGAAGACCAUCUUGACCGAACUAGAGCAGAAACUGCAGCCAUUCAGACCCAAGUGGACAAGGCAAAGCGUGUGCUUGAAGGUCUCGGCAGCUUAGGCGCUGCUGCAGAGCCUAAGAAGGACAAAGCAGCGGCAAACGUAGAAGCUACGGAUACAGAGAAGAAGGCGUCAGAGGAUAAAGAGGCAAAGGAUUCAUGGACAGCGCUUGAUGCGCUCAUCAAAUCAUGA